AUGUCUAAUUAGAAUAAGAAAGCAUCGUACAUUAAGCCAUUUCUUUUCGGUGGAAUUUCAGGGUGUACAGCUGUUGCAGUUAUUAUGCCCUUGGAUACAUGGAAGGUUAGACUUUAGAUAUAUGGGGAAAAUAAAGGAAUAAAAGUGGCGAAAGAGAUGUAUAAAGUGGAGGGAUUGAAAGGGUUCUAUUAAGGAAUGGGAUCUGCAAUGUUGAGACAAUUAACUUAUGCUACAGCCAGACUGGGAAUUUACAAAGUAAUCGCAGAUUCGGUCAAGAUCAACUAAAAAAGGGAUCUCAGAUUCUUAGAGAAGGUUGCUGCAUCUUCUUUUUCUGGUUUAUGCGGAGCUUUGAUUGGGAACCCUACCGAUAUUUGCUUAGUAAGAUUUUAGGCUGAUGCAACUUUGCCAAUUGCAGAACGUAGGAAUUAUAAAAAUGCCUUUGAUGCUUUGUACAGGAUUACUAAGGAGGAAGGACUGCCAACUUUAUGGAGAGGAUCAACUCCUACUGUAUUAAGAGCAAUUGCAAUCACAGUUGGUUAAUUGACUACUUAUGAUGAGAUCAAAGAAUGGUGUAUGAAAAUAUUUUUAAGAAAGACGGAAACAAUGUCUGAUAGGAUCAUGGCUUCAGUUGGGGCUGGUGUGGUUACAUCUGUUUUAUCAUUACCUUUUGAUAAUAUUAAGACUAAACUUUAGAAAAUGAAAGUUAAAGCUAAUGGAAAGUAUCCUUAUUCAGGAAUUGCUGAUUGUUUUGUAAAAACCAUUUAAAGAGAGUAACUUACAGGUUUAUGGGUGGGAUUACCAGUCUAUUUUGCAAGAGUGGCUCCUUAAUCAAUCAUAAUAUUGUUGGUAUAAGAUUUGCUUCAUCGUGUAUUUGAGACACAUUGAUUAAUUUAAGUCUUUUUUGGUUCACAAUUAAAUUUUAUAUAUCUAUAAACAA